GCAGCAAGAGCGGAGUGAGGUUUGCAGAAAUCUGCAUCCACACACGUGUGUUACUGAAAGUGACAUCUGCCCAGGGCCGCCAAACAUCACAGGAAAAUGCUCGUGCCCUGGUUGCUGCUGAUAUUCGCUGCCUUUGGGUAUGCCUUCUCGAGCCAAGCGCCAACGAGUCCUUCCUGCCCAGCUCUGUGCCACUGUGAGGAGGAUGGCAUUCUGCUGUGGGUCGAUUGCUCAGAACUGGGGUUUGCAGCAUUGCCGGAAGACUUAAGCCCGUUGACGUCCUACCUUGACUUGAGCAUGAACAAUAUUAAUGAGCUACAGCCGAACGCUUUUGGAGAUCUCCACUUCUUGGAAGAACUUCGGCUGUCUGGAAAUCACCUUGCACAGAUCCCUAUGCAUGCUUUUGCUGGCCUCUACAAUCUGAAAGUCCUAAUGCUACAAAAUAAUCAAUUGAAGGAUCUCCCAGGUGAAGCAUUAUGGGAUCUUCCGAACCUCCAAUCACUACGUCUGGAUGCAAAUCUGAUUUCAGACAUUCCUCAGAACAGUUUUGAAGGGUUGCAGUCCCUACGCCACCUUUGGCUUGAUGAUAAUGUGCUGACUCAAAUUCCUGCUCGAGCUCUCAACAACCUGCCAUCACUCCAGGCAAUGACACUAGCUCUCAACAAAAUAGCACAUAUCCCUGACUACGCAUUUGUCAACCUAUCCAGCCUGGUGGUGCUGCAUCUCCACAACAACAAUAUUCAGUCUCUUGGAAGGAAUUGCUUUGAUGGACUCCACAGCUUGGAAACACUAGAUUUGAAUUAUAAUGACCUGGUUGAAUUUCCUGUAGCUAUCAGAACUCUUAGCAAGCUUCAAGAACUGGGCUUCCAUAAUAAUAAUAUCAAAGCAAUCCCAGAAAAGGCUUUUGUUGGAAAUCCCUUGCUUCAAACAAUUCAUUUUUAUGAUAAUCCAAUCCAGUUUGUGGGGAAAUCAGCCUUUCAGUAUCUGCCAAAGCUUCACACCUUGUCACUAAAUGGAGCAACUGAAAUAAAGGAAUUCCCGGACCUUAAAGGAACAACUAGCCUGGAAAUACUGACCCUAACUCGAGCUGGAAUAACCUCACUUCCCAGGGGUCUCUGCCAACAGCUUCCAAACCUACGAGUACUGGAAUUAUCAUACAAUCAAAUUCAUAUAUUACCAAGUUUCCACAACUGCCAGAAGCUUGAAGAAAUUGGCCUACAGCACAAUAGAAUCACUGAAAUCAGAGCUGACACGUUUCAACAGCUAAUGGCUCUGCGAUCUCUCGACCUUAGUUGGAAUAAAAUAGCAUUUAUUCAUCUUGAUGCCUUUGCCUCAUUACGUUCUUUAACAAAGUUAGACCUGACCUUCAACCAACUUUCUUCCCUCCCUUUGAAUGGUCUAAGUGGAUUGACACAUCUAAAGCUGAAAGGAAAUCUGGCACUAUCGGAGUCCUAUUCUGAAGAGAACUUUCCCAAGCUAAGAGUGUUAGAAAUGCCAUAUGCUUAUCAGUGCUGUGCAUAUGGAUCCUGCAAAAAUAAUUACAAACAGUCUAACCUGUGGGAUGCAGAGGCUACUCUCAGUGAUGAUGAGGAUGUCCAGAAAAGAGCCAUGGGUGUAUUUCCUGUCCCACCAGACAGCAACUUCUACUUAGAUAUGGAUGACUUCCAGUUAGAUGUGGAAGAUCCCAAACUGCAUCCCAGUAUUCAGUGCACACCUGCCCCAGGUCCAUUUAAUCCAUGUGAAUAUCUCUUUGAAAGCUGGAUAAUACGCCUUGGAGUUUGGGGAAUAGUUCUUAUCUCUUUGAUAUGCAAUGGACUAGUCAUCGCAACUAUAUUUGCAUCACCCAGCUAUUUAUCUCCAGUGAAGUUUGUGAUUGGUCUGAUAGCAGGAGCCAAUAUGCUGACAGGGUUGUACAGUGGCACCUUAGCAAUUGUUGAUGCAAUGACUUUUGGGCAAUUUGCAAAGCAUGGUGCAAAAUGGGAAACCGGCUUAGGCUGCAGAAUCACUGGAUUUGUAUCCGUAUUUGCCUCAGAAGCAUCCAUCCUGUUCCUGACUCUUGCUGCCGUCCAGUGCAGUAUUUCUGUGUCUUGUGUCCGAGCAUAUGGGAAAUCACCAUCUUUCAGUAGUGUGAAAAUUGCUGCUUUUUGCUGCAUGGUACUAUCAUUCAGUGCAGCCGCACUGCCUCUGUGCUCAGUUGGAGAAUUUGGGACUUCACCUCUGUGCCUCCCCUCGCCUAUCCCUGAUGGAAAACCUUCCACUCUAGGUUUCAUGGUGGCUCUAAUCAUGAUGAAUAUCCUUUGCUUCCUUGUUAUAACUGGGACAUACACCAAACUUUACUGUGACCUAAUGAAAGGAGAAUUUGACAGCAUCUGGGAUUGCGCCAUGAUUAAGCAUGUAGCUUGGCUGAUCUUCACCAACUGUAUCCUAUAUUGUCCCGUGGCCUUUCUUACAUUUUCUUCCCUGCUCAAUCUUUUCUUAAUCAGUCCAGAAGUAAUUAAAUCAAUCCUACUGUUGGUCCUCCCACUGCCUGCUUGUCUAAACCCCUUGCUUUAUCUGUUAUUCAACCCACAUUUCAAAGAGGAUCUUCGCAUGCUCCGUGAGUAUAAAUGGCAGAAAAGGUGCCAAUCAAAACAAGGCAGCAUAGAUUCCCUCACUUCAGAAGACAUAGACAAACAGUCAUGUGAUUCCACCCUAGCUUUGAUGACCUUUGCAGAUAAUGAAAUCAUUCAUGAUUCGGCUGAUGGCCUUGGAGUUCUGUCAAGUCAUCGUCAGAUGAUAGAGGCCUAUCCAUUUCCUCCUGUAACUCUAAUUCCAUGCCAACAGAGGAAAGGUAAUGGCAAGGGAGAGAGCUACUCAACACGACAAUCCUGCCUCACUGAUGAGGAGCUCUUGAUUACUUCAGAGAACACAGAGCAAGCUCAUAACAACCUUCAGAUCAGCUUUUAUCCAACCAAAGGACCUUCCUUCACAUCUCAUGUAUAAAUAUCUGAACUAAGUAAUCCCAAGAGAGGCACAAUCCCCUGGGAAUUACGUAAUGAUGAGAAGAACCGGAUGAGGUAACACCGGACAGCUAAACGGGAGUACAAUAUUGGGAACAACUAUGAGUAGCUGUUCACUCAGUCAGCAAAGAGGACUGCCAUAAAUUUAAGUAAAGUAAUGGAUGGCCAGGGGUAAGUUACAGAUAUGAACUGGUCUUCAGCUGGUUUUUGGCUAGUGUGUGAAUAGCUAAGCUACAGUGCACAUAUGAGCCCAGAACCAAUGAACCACUUAUUUUAUAGGCUUAUAAAAGUCACUGUACAAUGUUAAGAAAUAGUGUCUUUCACAGUGUUGAUUUCAUUAAAGGGAAAAUCCAUUAGCACUUGAAUCAUGGGACUCCUAAUGAUCCAAUGUAAAUGUUUUCAACACAGCAUACAUGGAUGAAAUUUGUUGGCAGCUUGCUGAGUUAUAUGACAACAUAAUGCCAUAUAUACUCUUCAUUAUAUUUUUACAAUAUUAAGUCUUAUGGUAGCUUUGACAAAUUGCUCCAGCAAAGGGGGAAUAGUUGAAUUGUUCAUCUCACAUAUUAUCAUAUUCAGAUAGGAAAACAUGAGUACAUGAUGGCUUUAAAAUGCUGAUUUUUUUUAUAUUUUGAUAUCUUGGUAGAAGUGAAUGUUAAAUGAACAAUAGAAAUAUAUUUAUUACAAUAGAUACUUUCUGCAUAGAAACACUAUAAAUCCUACAUUUCUGUACAAUUGGACAGCAAAACAGAUGAUGUAUAGUAAAACUACCUCUUACUAGUACACUAUAUAUCCCUUUACUGAUAAAAAAUGUUACUUUUUAUAAGAACUGUUUAAACUGCUUAGUUGUAAAAAUAUAGAAAGUUAUUUGGAUGUACAUAUUAUAUGUACUGUACUCUGUUUUUAAGAGGCUAAACUUAGCAAAUUUAUGUCAAAGUAAAUCAUUCUUUUCAUA